GCUGUGCUCUGACGGAUGGGGAAACACUGCCAAGGAGGACUCAGGGGUGAGAAGAGUGUGUUUCUUCUCUUCUCUGGUCUGUUUUCUCUCUCUACCGCCUGGCUUGCCUCAUUGGCUGUUAAUUUCAGCCCCAGCUCUGAAGAUGAGGAGGAUCUAUUUGUGAGGGAGACACAACAAAGGAAGAGAGAAGAAGGAGCAACAGGGUGGUAAAUUCUACGAGCAGCAGAGAACCAGAAGAUCGUUUCUUUUUCUUCACGAUAGAACAAGGAGUCCAGACUUCCAGCAGCAGCCAUGUGAGAGGAGCUGUCAGAAAGCAGAGGAUGCCAACAUCCAGCUAAAACUGAACAGCACUCCCCCUCUCUCUCCCCCCUCCUGCUCCCUCCCUUCUUCCCACAUGAGGACAAGAAGAUGACUAUCACCAGCCGGCAGUCCUUUAAUGUCCUGACGGUCAUCUUCCUCCUGCUGUCUACUGCAGCACUCUCUGCUCAUUACCGAGUUUGUGAACCCUACUCUGACCACAAAGGGCGUUACCACUUUGGCUUUCACUGCCCGCGCCUCUCAGACAACAAGACCUACAUGUUCUGCUGUCACCACAACAACACGGCCUUCAAGUACUGCUGCAACGACACUGAGUUCCAGAUUGUCAUGCAGGUCAACCUCACCACCACCUCAGAUGGUUAUGCACACAAUAAUUACACAGCCCUGGUCGGCGUGUGGAUCUAUGGCUUCUUCGUCAUGGUGCUGCUGGCCCUGGACUUUCUCUACUACUCAGCCAUAAACUAUGAGCUGUGCCGGAUCUACCUGGAGAAGUGGGGUCUGGGAGGACGCUGGCUGAAGAAGGCUCGGAAUCAGUGGCACAGGUCCAUGCCAGAGGAGAGCGAGGUCCAGACUCAAGCCCAGCCCAUAGUCCCUAGCCACUACCAGCCCAGACACAGUCUCCGAGGGGAGAGUCACAGUCCUACGCUCCUGCCCUACAACACGUCCACCGCAUGAAUGAUGCUGUGAGUGUACAAACAAGAGUAGCAACACCUGGUUUCCUUACACGGUACAGAGAAGAUGUCCCACAGUCACCUUUCUCUGGAUUGCAGAUGUAAAACCAUUGUUGGCCGAGCCAUACUGUAGUAGUUUAGUGACUACUGCCCCUUUAUAAAGAGCACAAAACACCUGCUGAUUGACAGAAGCAGGCCUAUAUGGAGCAACAAAGGAGACUCUGCUACUGCUGCUGUCACAGCAGAAGAAAGGAUAUAUUCACUGUUCAAAGGAUUUUAGGAAUCUGUUGAAAAAGCUGGCAAGGCCUUUAAUGUCACAAACAAAUCCAAGAUGAACUGGAUGAACUGUCCUCGCAAAGUGAAGAAGCCUGCCUGUCUUAAAAAAAGAAGCUCAUCUUUCUAGAUAUAAAAUGUUUAUUACACUGCUGUGUCACUUUGUGUUCAGUAGCAGUUAGACACAGUUGUUGGUUAUCUAUUUGGUGAUUUAUUUAUGUGAACUAGUAAGAGGAAUAUAUGAGUGGCUAACUUUCUGAACAUGUAAUGGCUUAGGUUGAUGCUGAGCAUCACACUUAGAAUGUAGUAUGUUUUUGUUACCUGCUGAAACCAGACAAUGUCUCUGCAGCCAUGCUGAAAAAAGGUAUCUUGUAAGUAAAUUUUAAGUCUCCUUUCUGGAAAACAAGUGACUUUGCUGUAUGUUUCUGACAAGGAUACAGCGCCAUAAACUGCUUUUUGGCUUAAGAUCUUUACAUGAAGUCAUCAAGAGUUCCAUCUCUUCUAUUAAAAAUAUUUUUAAUGGUCAGGAAUGCUUUCACAACAGCAAACAGAUUCAUGUCAAGUCAAACAUAAUUGGAACCUUUGAUGGAUAAGCCUACAAAAAUACAACAAAAGCAAAAUGAUAACUGAUAGUUAGUGUGUGAUAUUUUCUUAUGUCUGGAGCUGCAGGUAAUAGAGCUUCAUCAGCAAUAUAAUGCAAAAGAUUAACCAUUAGCUCCUUUAUAAGGAGCCAUCUAUAUCCUGCAUCAGUAACAGACAAUUGUAAGUGAUUAGCCAUAGUAGAAAACCUUAAAAAAAAAAAAAAUCCAUCAGAACCCCAUUCACUGUCA